AUGUCUUUGCUGAUUCCUCUCCAUUGGAUUCAGAACGCAGCUGCCGGGAUGUCUGAUAUCGAGAGCCCUAGCACUGCCCGUGCCGAGCUUCCUCGUCAAUUCUCAUUCUUGUCGACAUUGGCCUUGGGAUACAGCAUUACCAACUCAUGGGCUGGUUACGCGGGUAUCCUAUCGAUACCCCUGGUGAUGGGAGGGAGCCCAACAGCUUUCUUUGGCCUUGUUGUUGCUUCGAUAGCUUGUUGUUUUAUAACUGCUGGCCUUGCAGAGUUGGCGUCUGCAUUUCCCACUAGCGGAGGGCCAUUCCAUUUUGCUUUCAUGGCUGCGGCGCCCAAGCACCGUGCCGCGGUUUCCUUCGUUGUUGGCUGGUUGACUAUGAUUUCCUGGUGCACGGUGUCUACAUCCAACGGAAUAGUCUGUGCACAAUUGAUCAGUGGUCUGGUGACUGUCCACCAUCCGAGCUUCACAGAAUCUGCCUGGCGAAUCUAUCUCAUCUAUCUUCUGAUCGUUCUCCUCUCAACUAUGGUUGUGUGUUUUCUGCCUCGUGUUCUUCCCUUGAUAGAGGACUCUAUCCUCACCUUCAGCUUGCUCACCUUCAGCGCCAGUUUCAUAACGGUGUUAGCGAUGCAAGAUCACAAACAGUCCGCACACACUGUGUUCUUUGCCUAUGAAAAUCAUACAGGUUGGAGUGACGGGACAGCCUUCAUGAUAGGCGCUGGGACUUGCAUGUACGCAUACAUAACGGUUGAUAGCAUUACCCAUAUAGCCGAUGAAGUCCCAGAGCCAGGUCGCAAUAUCCCCUGGGCGAUGAUGUCUACCGUGCUGACUGGCAUGGUAACCUGUAUUCCAUACUCAAUAACCAUUCUUUUCUGCACAACCGAUCUUAAUGCCGUUGCGUCUUCUUCAAUACCCAUCUAUACGGCAUACUUACAAGCAACAUCCAGUUCACCUGUGGCCGCACUUUUCACUGCAUGGGUUAUAUUCUUCUAUUGCGCAGCCGAAUUUUCUUGUAUACUGACAGCGGGACGACUUGCAUACACGUUCGCCCGAGCCGGCGGUCUUCCUUGUUCGUCAUUCUUCAUGGUGGUCACGAACGAGAUGCCGCUAAACGCCACACUGGGUUGUUGUGUCUUCAUCUCCCUAUACGGGCUGAUAUACAUUGGCUCAGCAUCAGCAUUCAACGGCCUUAUAUCGAUCGUCAUUAUUGCACUUAACAUUUGCUAUGUUAUCCCGCAAGGAAUUGUGCUGCUUCGUGGACGUGAAGCCGUGCUUCCGAGAAGAGCUUUCGCAUUGGGAAAGUAUAUUGGACCCUUCUGCAAUGCGGUUGCUGUUCUCUGGGUGGCAGUCAUAUUGGUAUUCUUUUGUCUUCCUCUCCGAUUACCGACCACGGUACACGACAUGAAUUAUGUGAGCGUAGCACUCGCAGGGUUUGUUGCUCUGAUUGUUCUUGGAUGGUGGGGAGGAAAGAGGAGGACGUUCAUCGGGCCGGUAUGUAUUCCAUUGUUCCUUCCCCGUUCAUGUAGUGGAUUAAGCUCGCUGACAAUCAACAUUGUUGCUCUACCACAGGAAAUCGAAUUUCCUCAUGACAGACAGAAUGGGAUGGCACGAGUGCCUGAUGAGUGAAAUAGCAUAAAUGAGCUGUAUAAGUGAGACUGUAUAAUACCAGCUUGUUGUUUAGAGAGUCAAUUUAUAUAGCAGAAUUGAAGUGAUAUGUGAUCUCCUGUGCUUGCUACCAUCAAUAGGAGCUGACAUUUUGGUCUCUCUCUCUUAGUUGCACAAGUUAGUACUAGUAUAUAGUAAGCCCAAGGUUCCAAUAAACCGACUCAGCCUAUCGUUCGCAAGUUUAGACAUUAGUAUGUAAGGUACCUAUAUAUGAAGCAUUUAGAGGGAGUACUGCAGCUGGCUAAUCCCCCCAAGUGAUUCCUUGAGACGAGAGGUGAGG